CUCGUGGUCGUGCAUGGCGCGAGACACGUGCAGCGCCUUCACCGCGAGGUAAUAGUUGAUAAGCCGCGACGUCCGCAUCAAACAACAAACUCGCUGCCACCUAACCACGCUAUCGUGCACCGUGCCAUUUCCCACGCGCCCUCAGCAUCGACGGUCGUUCUUCCACGCUCGGCCUGCCGCUAAGCAGCCCGUCCAAAGUCCAGCGCUAGAGCCCCGCCGAAAGCUGCAGAGACGCUCACCAACACACAACAUCCCUCAACAUUUUGCCACCUUACGUCCCUGAACCACAGAGCCUCUGCCAAGAUGUCUGAACCGAUUCGCAAUAAGAAGAUGGAUACCAUCUCCGCUCCCACACCACAGAACACCCCCGCAAAUGCUGCGCCAAUCUCGUCGCGCGCCCAGCAGCCCACCGUUGGUACCAUCAACGAAGAGGAGCUUGACCGCGCCGCCGCAGGACUGUUCGCUGCGAACCCUGCCCUGGUCUCGAUGAUGCAGGCCAAGCUUGGCUCGCUUGUCGGCCGCUCCAGCGGCUACAUUGAGUCGCUUCCUGGUUCCGUCCGCCGCCGCGUUGCCGGUCUGAAGGGCGUCCAGAAGGAGCACUCCAAGCUCGAGGCCGAGUUCCAGGAGGAGGUCCUUCAGCUCGAGAAGAAGUACUUUGCCAAGUUCACACCCCUGUACCAGCAGCGUGCGAAGAUUGUCAACGGUUCCACCGAGCCCUCGGAGGAGCACGUCAAGAUCGGCGAGCAGCAGGAUGAGGACGAUGAGGACGACGAGGAGGAGGGUGAGAAGGAGCUCAACAAGGACGAGGGCAAGGACGUCAAGGGUAUCCCAGAGUUCUGGCUGAGCGCCAUGAAGAACCAGAUCUCGCUUGCCGAGAUGAUCACAGACCGCGAUGAGGCCGCGCUCAAGUCCCUCACCGAUGUGCGCAUGGAGUACCUUGACCGCCCCGGUUUCCGCCUCAUUUUCGAGUUCGAGGAGAACGAGUUCUUCACCAACAAGUCCAUCACCAAGACCUACUUCUACCAGGAGGAGAACGGCUACGGUGGCGACUUCAUCUACGACCACGCCGAGGGUGACAAGAUCGACUGGAAGACAGGCAAGGACCUGACUGUCCGCGUCGAGAGCAAGAAGCAGAGGAACAAGAACACAAAGCAGACCCGUGUCGUUAAGAAGACCGUCCCCACAGAGUCGUUCUUCAACUUCUUCGACCCCCCGAGCCCUCCCCAGGACGACGAUGACGCUACCUCCGACAUUGAGGAGCGCCUCGAGCUCGACUACCAGCUCGGCGAGGACAUCAAGGAGAAGCUCAUUCCCCGCGCCAUUGACUGGUUCACCGGCGAGGCUCUUCAGUACGAGAACAUUGAGGACUUCGACGAGGGCGAGUUCGAGGACGAGGACGACGAGGAUGAGGAUGAGCUCAGCGACGACCGCGAUGAGGAUGAGGAGUCAGAUGACGAGAACGACGGCACAAAACCCAAGCAGGAGGCUGCCGAGUGCAAGCAAAGCUAAAUGUCUCUUUGGACCGAUCUUCUUCGAUGAUAUCUCCGGGCAUUGGGCUUGUUUCAAUCUAGAUGGCACUUCUGGCUGUGACGGGCUCGCAACCUGACCCUUUCCCUUUAUCCUUGCACAGCACUACAUGUUUCUGACACGGGCGUACCAUUGCAUCAAAAGAGCCGGACGCCAGCCGCGGGUGGGUUGCUCUAGCUAUACAUGAACUAUACUGGGUCUUCCCCUGCCUCGCUCCCACUCCCCUCACCCCCCCUUAAUAGUCCCCUGCGCUGCCGCACCUCGGGAUUGCACUCCGACGCCCUUUUCCUUCCGCUGAAUUGCUGGCAGAAAUAGAGAGAGGCUGUUUCCCGGCAUCCAGAGAGACGAGAUCCCGACACGAGGUGCCAUGGGGUGAUUUAAAAGUCUGUUUUUUGGGUACAUAUGUAGAUUGCGAUGAAGUUAUGAGAGCGGAAAUUCCACGUUUUAUAGAA